AUGGACGAACGAGAAUCAGAGCUAUUGAACAAGCUUGAGAGCUUGAAGGAAGUUCGAUCCCGAUCCAUGCAGCUAGAAAAGGUGCGAUCGAGGUUACGUCAAGAGUUGGAAACCACAGACACUGAAGAAAAGAGGCUCGAUGAAUAUCGUCAAGAAAUGGAACUCCUGUUGCAGGAGAAGAUGGCCCAUGUUGAAGAGCUUCGACUUAUACAUGCUGAUAUAAAUUUGAUGGAAACAACAAUAAAGCAGGCAGAGGAAGAGAGGAACAGAUCCUUGGAAUCUGCAAAAAAACUGUAUGAGGAAUUUCGGCCACUCAAGGGUGAGGUUGACCAAAUGCGAUCAGUUAUUGGCAUGGACAAGUUGCCAGACCUUCAGGAUGAGGAUGAGAAACUUACACCUGAGUAUUUUGAGAAGCAGAACAAAGACUGGGUCGCCGAGCCACAGCCAGAGCCUCAACUCCCCCAGUCUCUUGCCAUAGCAGCAGCUGCAGCUCAACAAAUCCAGGUUCCACGCAACAAGCCUGCUGAAAGACAGACAUUCAGACAACAGCCACCUCCUAUGAAGGCUUGCUUAUCUUGUCACCAACAGAUCCACAGGAAUGCGCCCAUAUGUCCUCUCUGUAAGGCUAAGAGUAGAUCUCGCAAUCCAAAGAAACCAAAACGCAAGCUGGAUGAAUGAUAACACAAAACAGAAUUUUAUAUUGUAAUGUGUCACUUUGAAUUCCAUGUUUUCAUACUUCUUGGUGAAUUCUGUCGUUACUACGCAAGGUAUAGUUGAGGAUAUAGAUCAAGAUCAUCUAAUUUGGAUAAGAACUUGGAAAGUUAAAAUUGACAGCUCAAAUUGUGUUUUCAUUGCAUCCCUAGCUUGAAUGUCAGCUUUAAGAACAGAGAGAAUUAUCAAUCAGUAUCAAUUCAUUUACUCUCAUGUUGAAGGGAAAGAAAUUUUAUAUUGAUAAUUACAGAUUCAGAUUUCUUUAGAAACUGUCAGAUUAUAAAUGCUGAUAAAUAAUGGUGUUUUUAUCUAUUCUAUAUCAUGACAUAAAUUUCGGUAUUAAGUCAUUUGUGGUAGUUUUAUUCUGGUUGCCGUAGUUUAACUCUUGUUUCAAUUUAUUUUAUUGAAGUGUUUACAUUUGAAGAGAUAUUCCAGCAUUAUAUUAGUUUUUCUAUAGGCUUGUUAGACAUUUUUUUGUUGUAGAUAUUAGGCAUUAAGAUAUACAUGCUUUUUCAUUAUUCAAUUCUUUUGAAAUUGUUUUGCU